UCGAGUCCUCCCCUUAUUACACCUGCACUCUAGCUGGCUACCUGGCUGCCGCUAGCCUGCUUGCUAACUUGCUCAGCCCCUCUUGCCCUCUCAAGAAGUCUUCAAGAAAUUCGUCAUCCAGAGUGCUCUCGGAGUCUCACUCACUCACCCAGAAGCCUAGCUAGCUUGGAUGGACUUCGACAUGCUGAACUGUAACCCGGAGGCGCAGCUGGAGCUGAUGAACGCAAUGCUGCAGCUGGAGCACCUCACCGCGCUCCCCGACCACCACGCCAUGGCGGCGCCCGUGCCCCCGACUCCCCCUUCCCCUCCAUGCACUCCAGCAGCCCCUCCUCGCCACUUCUCCUCAGCGGCCCCCGGCCACCUUAUUCCCUCACUCCCAGCAGGCCCCAACAACUGCCACGGCGCCGCCUUCCACGACCCGCCGUACUCUUCCCUGCAGCUUCCGGCCGCCUACAACAACAACGCCGGGUACGCAACGCCGCAUCAGCACCACCAGCAGCAGCAGAGUUCAAAUCCUGCGGGUCGUACUGGGGAAGUCGUGGACGGCGCCGCCGCCGUGGGUCCGGCGGCGAUGCGGGAGAUGAUCUUCCGGAUCGCGGCGCUGCAGCCCGUGAACAUCGACCCGGAAACGGUGCGGCCCCCGAAGCGGCGCAACGUGCGGAUCUCGACGGACCCGCAGAGCGUGGCGGCGCGGGUGCGGCGGGAGCGGAUCAGCGAGCGGAUCCGGAUCCUGCAGCGGCUCGUCCCGGGCGGGACCAAGAUGGACACGGCCUCCAUGCUGGACGAGGCCAUCCACUACGUCAAGUUCCUCAAGACGCAAGUGCAGUCGCUCGAGCGCGCCGCUGCCGCCAACAACAACAACGGCAACCACCGCCCGUCGCCGGCCGGCAGCGGCGCCGCCUACCAGGGCCUGAACGGGCCGUGGUAGGUCGUUGUAUAUUACGACGACGUCGGCCGCAUGCAAGCUUAUGAGUUAUGGUCCGACAUGCAUGCCCAUGUAAUGACAAGAGCACAUUAAUCGGCGUUUGUGUGUGCAUGCUUGGAGAGUUCAAGGGGGCAUGCAUGCAAUCGGCAAUCGUACGGCCAAGAAGGCGCCCGUUGGUACUACUAGCACUACUUGUACCUGUUCAAUCAUGUCUGUAAAUUAAGAUGUACGAGUACUCACUAGCAGUUAGGUGCCCUGCUCUAGUUACUAGAUGCAUUCCCCUUUUUUUACUAGCUACUCCAGGUAGUAAUAGUACGUACUGCAUGCCCGGCCAUAUGCUUGUGAAUGGACGGACUAGCAAAUUACGCCGCUGCUCGAUCGAUCGAUCGAUCAUGCACUACACAUAACGCUGCACAAGCCUAGCUCGCACCACCUAUAUAUGUGUUGUUCUGUACCACUAUGAAUAUUCUAGCCAUUUUAUUCGUUGCAACAUCA